CCAGAGGAGUUCUCAGGCAGCUUCGAUGGAAGGAGGGAGCCAAGAAGGAGGCCUGGCAUAAGUUCAAAGAUGAUAAUUACAACAUGGAUUGUGUACAUUCUCACCCGGAAAGGUGCAGGGUUCCCCUUCCCACCAAAAACCAGUUCAGAUGUCGAAGUUGUAGAAAGCGAGGCUGUAUCUGUAGUACAGCACUGGUUGAAAAAAACUGAAGAAGAAGCUUCCCAGGACAUAAAGGAGAAGAUGUCCACCAACUGCCCUCCCACCCAUGGCCAAGAUGUACAUGUCACCAGAGAUGUGGUGAAGCACCAUCUCUCAAAGUCUGAUUUGUUGGCAAACCAGAGUCAAGAGGUCCUGGAGGAAAGAACAAGAAUCCAGUUCAUAAGAUGGAGCCAUACCCGUAUCUUCCAAGUGCCGAGUGAGGCGAGGAAUGACAUUAUGCGAGACCGAAUAGAGCAGGUGAGAAGAAGCAUAGGCAACCUUAUGGAUGAAUCAUCUCAGGGGACUCCCAACAGAAAUUCCUAUGCAGAAUGCUGAGCUACAGGUGAGAGGCUGACAGGUUCAUGUCCUUCAGGGUCAAGGAACAGCCUGUGUCAGAAGAAAGUCUAUCACCCCUUGACCAGAGGAGCAACCACACCUGGGCAGAAAGAAUCCGGCAGGUGAGCCCUUCCUUGUGACAGUGGCAGCACCGGAAUCUUCCCCCUGAACUGCUAAUAAAGAGACAAGCUAUUUAA